AUGUCCAAUUUCCCGUCUUUAGAAGAAUUUGAUGCAGCAAAUCACCAUAUAACACUGAAUAGACACAAACCUCAAUUCAAAAUACAAGAUGAAAUACCCUCAAAAACCAUAUAUUUAAAUGAUACUCAAACAGAAACAAAAGAUGCAAACAUAAACACAUUAUAUGUUGAGGAACCUAUCUUUCUUCAAGAAUGGAGACAACAAAGAGAACUAGAUAUUCAAAAACGUGAUGAAGAAAAUGAAUUGAAAAAAAUAGAAAGAAUAGAAGCAGCAAAAGAAGCUAUUAAAAACUUUUAUGAAACGUACAACAGAAAAAAAGAGGCAGAAAUUCAGAAAGCAAGAAUUAAAUUUGAAAAUAGAAAAAAACAAGAAGAAUUUCUAUUAGAAAGAAGUAAAGAGUCUCAUGGAACACUAUGGGAACGCAUUGUGAAACUUCUUAAUUUAUCCGAUACAACAUCAGGUUUAGAAAAUAAUAAUAUAUCAAAAUUCAAAGAAUUAUUAUUAAACCUUGAAAAAGAUCCUAAUGCACCAGGUGCUAACAAUACUUAG